AAUCUGUCCUCGCAGGUGAUUUUUAAUAGCAAGGGCGAGUGCAGGAUUGGGGUCUGUGAGCGUCGAGUUGGCGGUGCGUAAGCACGGAUAUUGGCACCCGGAGUACUGCUGCAGCGCAAGGGCUCUGUAGGUUAGUGGGGCAUCACACCGACACACUACAUCCCCUACUACUCCGUACGCACGGCCACCGAUCUGGGCCGGCGACUCCCCGACAUCAUUCCCUGGUCCUUUGCAUGGCCGGGUACCUACAAUACCACUUUACGCGCGCGAAUGGUGACGGGUCAGGGUACGGUCUAUUCAAUAUAUGGAAAGGACUCAACGGUGCUCAAUCCUUCCGUGCCUUCAAACAGGAAUUCGAUUCUGUUUUUUUACAUCCCUAACAAGAGACCAACACCUUUUGUCUCGACAUUUUCCCCCCACUCACGCAAACACACUCGCUCAUUCGCACGCACGCACGCACGCACACACACACACGAGCACGCGUUCACACCAUAACCGCGACCAUGGCCACGUCGACCACAGGACUCAUUCCCAAUUGGUUCCCACCGAACCGUGAGAACUACGACUUCAUCCUCUCCAUUUGGAAAUGGAUGCCUGUGGUCGCUUCGCUGCAAUGGGUGAUACCGUGGUACGGGAUGGGCAAGACGUCGGUGGACUCGCGGCUCAACCUGCCUGGGCGGGUCGGGUGGCUGACGAUGGAGGCGCCCGGGUUCCUGACGCUGCUGUACACGAUGGGCACGCUGUCGGCGCAGGUUGAGGGGUGGGAGGGGGAGGUUGAGGGGGCGGGGGCGGCGGUCCCGUACGAGAACAAGGUGCUGGCGUUCCUGUUCGUGCUGCACUACGCCUACCGGGCGCUGCUGUUCCCCUUCCUGCAGCCGUCCAUGUCGCCGAUCCACCCGGUCGUCUGGCUGUCCGCCGUCGCCUUCCAGCUGACCAACGGGCUGGCCAUCGGCGCGUGGCUGGGCGGGUACGGCCCGACGACGCGCGCCGCCUGGGCCGCGCAGCUCCGGCUCGGCACGCCGCAGUUCGCCGCCGGCCUGGCCGUCUUCUACCUCGGCCUCGCCGCCAACUACUACCACGACGACGAGCUGCGCGAGAUCCGGCGCCGCGCCGCGCGGAGGGCGCGCGAGGCCGCCCGUAAGGACGGUCCUCCCCGGAAGAACAAAACGGCCGGGACGGUGGUGGUCGACAAGCACUACGAGAUCCCGCAGGCCGGCCUGUUCAAGGUGAUGCUGUACCCGCACUACUUUUGCGAGUGGGUCGAGUGGUUCGGCUUCUGGAUGGCGGCCGGCUGGGGAUGCCUGCCCGCGAGGUGCUUCCUGUUUAACGAGAUCGCGGCCAUGCUGCCCCGGGCCGUCAGGGGCCGCAAGUGGUACGCGGAAAAGUUUGGCGAGGACAAGGUCCGGGGGCGCUGGGCCGUCAUCCCCGGGGUUUGCUAAAGGGCCGAGGGAUUGGGUUGGCGUGGGGGAGGAGCUAGAGGGAAAAGGUUGGAAGGCGGACUCAGGCUAGGGGUCAAGCAACCCGUCUCGUUGCUUGAACGAGUUGU